GGGCCGGCCCCUUGCCAUCAAGGCGUGAUCCUCUUUUCUGUCCCUACAGCCUCCCGCGCCCGCUUGCUUUCCAAACUCAGAAGACAGUGCAUGAAGCCAGGAGACAUCAGCCAUGCUCCAAACAACUUGGCCUCAGGAGCCAGUGACCUUUGAAGACGUGGCUGUGUACUUCACCCAGAAUCAGUGGGCCAGUCUGGAGCCUGUGCAGAGGGCCUUAUACAAGGAGGUGAUGCUGGAGAAUUAUGCAAGUGUUGCUUCACUGGUAGCAUUUCCAUUCCCUAAACCUCUUCUGAUCUCCCAGCUGGAGAGAGGGGAAGUACCCUGGAGCCCAGAUCCCUGGGACACAGAGGUUCGGAGAACUAUCACUCCAGGUGGUGAAUCCUCAAUCAAGAAUGAAGAGCCGAUUAUAAAGCAGGAAGCCUCAGGAGAAACAGAGUUGCACAGAGUGCCAGUAGGAGGACUCCUCAGAAACAUCUCUGAGCAUUUUGAUUUUAAAAGCAAGGCAAUGAAGCAGACUUUCACUCUAAAUCCAAAUCUGAUACUUCGAGGUGGAAUGAAGUUCUAUGAAUGUAAAGAAUGUGGGAAAAUCUUCAGAUAUAAUUCAAAACUCAUUCGGCAUCAGAUGAGUCAUACUGGGGAAAAGCCCUUUAAGUGUAAGGAAUGUGGCAAAGCUUUCAAGUCCAGCUAUGACUGUAUUGUACAUGAGAAGAACCACAUUGGAGAAGGGCCCUAUGAAUGUAAGGAGUGUGGCAAGGGUUUGAGUUCCAACACAGCCUUGACUCAACAUCAGAGGAUCCACACUGGAGAGAAACCCUAUGAAUGUAAGGAAUGUGGAAAAGCUUUCCGUAGGAGUGCAGCAUACCUUCAGCAUCAGAGAUUACACACAGGCGAGAAACUCUAUAAAUGUAAGGAAUGUUGGAAAGCUUUUGGCUGUAGGUCACUUUUUAUUGUCCAUCAGAGAAUUCAUACUGGGGAGAAACCUUACCAAUGUAAGGAGUGUGGCAAAGCCUUUACUCAGAAAAUAGCUUCCAUCCAGCAUCAGAGAGUUCACACUGGGGAGAAGCCUUAUGAAUGUAAGGUGUGUAGGAAAGCCUUCAAAUGGUAUGGAAGUUUUGUUCAGCAUCAGAAAUUGCACCCUGUAGAGAAGAAACCUGUCAAGGUUCUUGGGCCAUCCCUGGUCAGUCCCCAGUGCCCCUCUCCAGCCUUAUCUUCUGUUCCUCUCCAAGGGUCCUGCUCUGCUCCAGCUAUAGUUGUGCCUUCACUGACCUUUCCACAUGCCGUACUCAUUCCUGCUUCUGGGCCUUUGUUCAUGCUGCUACCGACAUCUGGAACACCUUCUUCUCCUGCUCAGAUAAUACGUGUUUUCCAGGGUCUUACUCCCACUGUGAAGCCUUCUCCAAUUAUUCUGACCCCUUCUCACCCCUCAUGAGCUUCAUCUUGGGACUCCUGUGGCUCUUAUGCCCAGCUAAUCUCCAGCCUAAUUUAAGUUUUAUUUGCAUUUUUUCUUCACCUUACAUGUGUUACAACUGUUUCACAUAAACUCCAUUGUAAUCCGUA